GUGGAUAUGCUGGUGUUCAAGUAGCCCAAAGUCUCGACAAAUCCCUCUCGAAAACACAUCAAAUAAUUCUCAUCGAGAAAAAGACACAUUUCUAUCACUCAGUUGGUUCACUACGUGCAAUGGCUGAAGAGAAUUUUGAGGAGAAAAUUUUGAUUCCGUAUACUUCGCUAUUCAAACACGGAGGAAAAGUCGUGCAUGCUACCGUUACCACAAUUCACAAAAAUGAAGUGAUUGUUAGUACGGAAACUGAAUGGGGCACUCAUAUUCCAUUCGAGUAUUUGGUUGUCGCUACGGGAAGUUCGUAUGCUGCUCCGGCUAAAGUUGAUCGGACGACAAAAGAUGAGAUUAUUCCAGAGAUCAAAGAAAGACGUGAUGCUGUCAAAAAUUCCAGCAAGAUUUUAAUUAUUGGAGGUGGUCCAGUUGGCAUUGAACUUGCCGGAGAACUUGCAACUGUACACAAAGAAAAAACAAUCACAUUGGUACACGCUGGAGAAUCUCUCCUUCGCCCCAGCUUUCCUAAGAAACUUCGAGACAAUUUACAUAAACAACUCGAAGACCUAAACGUAAAGUUAAUAUUGGGUGAAAAAGUAAUAUUCCCGGAAGGUGGUCUCGGUGAUGGUCUCACUUCACAAACCUUACAGACGGAUAAAGGCACCCCAAUCGAAAGUGACAUACAAUUUUUUACUAUCGGUGCAAGUCCAAACACAUCUCUUAUCAAAACACUUGACGCUUCGCUUCUUGAAGAAGAAACGAACCUCAUUAAAGUCUCGCCGACACUUCAACUUGAACACGAAGAAUUUAAACAUAUUUUCGCAGUUGGCGAUGUCACAAAUGUCAAGGAAACGAAAUUGGCUUAUCGUGCUGGACAACAAGCAGUUAUCAUCACGAAAAAUGUCGAAGCUUUGGUUGCUAAAAAGAACUUAUCAGACUACAAACCGGGAGCCGAAGUUCUCUUUGUUACAAUUGGUAAAAAUGGUGGUGCUGGAUUAUUGCCAAUUGGCGGCCUUGUCGUUGGACCUUUCAUGGUAAAAAGUAUCAAAGGAAAGACUUUAUUUGUUGACAAAUAUUGGAAACAACUUACUGGUAAGGCUCCGCCUUCUUAG